CUUGCGAGAGGGCUGGGGAGUUAGCCCAGAGCUGAACACUAACGGAGGACCUCCGCUUUGUUCCUUCAUCCUCACAGCUCCGCCUCAUUCAACAUUUUCCACUCGUACUCCACAUUGAGGGGUCCUAGGCGGUCAGGAGCCGCCAUGAACGUGCAAUAGACUCUACCACAUAUCUUGGCUGAGCAUAAAGGCUCUAGUUAGGAGUUGAGGUUGAAAUUUGUAGUGUUUUAUUGUGGAUGUGUCGCAGGGGCCGCCAGUGGCUGUGCGUCGGACAUUGAGCGGAAGCUUCCCACUUUCGUCGGUAAAAGUUGCAGGCCAAGGCAAGGAUGGUGUUGACUCGGCUGUCACACUUUGGUGAGGUGUGUCCACUGAGCGAUCACAGUUACAGCGAUCCUGCAGCAGUGCCCAACCCCAUACAUCAUGUACCGAACAACAAGCGUUUUCCUGUGAACAUUGGGAUAAAAUCAUCGUCUCCCUCGUCACCAUCAACGUCACAGUCUGCCUUACCUACCACAUCAUCCUCAGCGUCAAGUACAUCAUCCUCACCAACAACGUCGUCAACAUCAGCCUCGCCAUCGAUCACUGUAACUGUGUCGUCGCCGCUAUCGUCACCCUCUAUACCUGUCUCGCCUGCUGGUUCACAAAAUAAUGUGGUCAUCAAAAUACACAUCCUCGACCUCCCAACAGAAAUUUUUGAAAAAAUAUUCUCGUAUCUUACGUACAAGAACGUGGGUGAGAUAAGGCUGACCUGUAAGAGGAUUGAACAGAUAGGCUCGGCCAUUCUCAACACAUCGUUCCAGCGCCUGCAAAAUCAGAUGCUUCAAAGGUUCCAGUCUAUUAAGGGGCAGAUGCCUCGCCGGGAGUCUGCCCGUCGCAAACAUCCUCUAGCACGGGAGUCUGACAUCAUCGAGACCUUGCACAUGCGCCUCACACUUCUCCAGAUGUCCUUUGGAAAGCACAUCGAGCGUAAACAUUGUUGCUUCUUUGCUGGAGAUAUAUUGGACGAGGUCUACCGCAUCCUGUCGUACAUCAAGAAGACGCCCAACCUCGGCCGGGCCUACAAAGUGACUGACGAGUUGUUUGACCUCUCCACUAUGGCCAUGGAGUACUUCAAGGAGCACAUUGAACCUCGCCUACCAGAAAUCACAUGCUUUGGAUCUGAUUUCUUGGACAUAACGACAAGAUUCUCGGCAGAAGGGUGCAGCGUACGGUCUCCUGGCGGCAGUGGUCGAGUAUCGGAACCCGAGGAUGAACUGCCUGAGCGUGACCCCCUCCCUCCUUCUAACAUGGUGUUACGCAAGAGGAUCAGGCGCAUCCGUCAGGGCAUGAGGAGGUAUAACACACAGUUAGUCGCCCUAAAGCGCGAACUGAAAGGUUGUAAAGGCAAGCUGACCGACCAACACAAACAGAUGAUGGAAUAUGCAACGAGAAUGGAUGAGUACGAUAAGAAAUUUGAGGAAUCGUCACGUAAAUUCAGCACCGUACUUCAGGAGCUGAACAAAUGCAAGACUGAGCUUCAGUACUGGCGGUCCAAGUCCCCAGCCCACCCACUCUUGUGCUACAGCUGUGGUCAGUCAGUGGGAGAGGGGUCGGGCCAGCAGCUGCAAGCUGGCGUCUUGAUGCAGGGUGGAGACGAGGCGGUUGUUUAUGUUCCCCUUGCUGCUGCUCCGGUCCCAGAUAGUGUGGAGAAGGGCAGUCCCCCUGGUGUCGUCCUCGCACGUGAAGAGGGCCGUGACAGGUGGCACGCGGUCGGGGGCUCUGUGAGGAAUCUGGAGCGUGUGUUUGACCUCAACCUUCCCAACCAUGUUGCCAGACCUCCACCGGUGGAUCAUCACAAGUCACAAACUGCCGCCUCACAUGCCCAGUCUCCUCUUCCAAGCUUCUCUUCCUCCCAAGCCACAGUUGCCUCUCAGAGUAUAAAAGAGUCCCUGUGUGGGACCGUCUCCACCCUGGCUACCUCUCACUCAUCAAGCAUCAGUCGCCCCUUGUCUGUCUCACAACCUACACAAGGAUCUCAGCCUCCACGAAAUACCUCUCAGGCAGUGAGUGUUCCUUGUGUGUUGACCUCCCCUCACUGUGCCCGCACUUCUGCUGCUGCCUCUCCAACCCUUGCACAGCCUCAGCCUCUCAUUGCCUCUCAACCUUACUCUGCCUUCCAUGCGUGUGCCACCUCUCAGGACUCUGAACGUCGGUGGGAUGAAGGCCAAGAGUGUGCCGAGGACUUGUCAACGUUGCGCUCACUAUACGCGGAUGACGAUGCUGAAAUUGGCACGAUGAAGCGUCGUUACAGUGACGAAGACAGUGAUAAUUGUGAUAUCAGCGAUGACACUGUUGGCCGCAGGGUCAAGGAACGAAAGAGAUUUAAGUUGGACCUUCUGUAAAAGAUCUAAUUUUAUAUAAUAUUGUAAAUGGAUAUUUUGGUUAAAUCAUGAUUUAAUAAACUAUUAAUUACAGUCAAAGGAGUCCUAAGUAUUCAACUGUUGUCAUUUUCUCCUUUCGUGUCUAUCAAGUGUUCAUCAAGAAUGACGAGACCUGUUUGAGGCGGUCCCAGGUACACUGGCCCACAAUAGACAUACAGUAACUAUUUAAGAUGUUAUUUUUUUGUGGUGUGAGGUACCCAGUCCCCACUUAACCUUAUUCAGUGGCCUCCAACACCAAAUGGGGACACAGACAUAGCAGGCGCUCAUUGUGUCCUCCAACCCCAAGUUGAGAAGGAUACAAACUUGACUAUACGUCUGGUUGAUGGGUUACUCCUUAAUACAGUGUUAUAUUGUGUUAGUGCAUCUUAUGAUUCUUAAUGAUGGAAGACAGUGAGGAGGGUAUGUUGGCAGUUAUGAGGGUGGUGUGUUGGAAGUUGUCUGAAGGGUGUGUCCGCAGGGUCUGCUGCCAGAGAAUUUGAGAAGGGUGUGUUGUCAAAAAAGCCUUCAGAUAUGUCAGGACAGAUUUGAGAGGAUGAAGUUAGGCCAGGGUGUAUGUGUCAGAAAAUAUUAGACAACUGCCAUUGGAUCGAUUUGAUGAAAUUGCGAUAAUUGUUUCAUUAAAUAAUUAUAUGUUGGUUAAAAGUUAAAAUUUAUAAUUUGGUUUAUUUUCCAUUUAUAGUCAUGUUUCUUUUUCCUAUUGGUUGUUAGAAAUGGAAAAAAAAUAUUGGCAGGAGUCAAAUUGCAGUAGUUAACAUUGUUAGAUGAUUGAUAGAAUAAAAGAACUGUAGAUGUUUAGACAUGACCCACACCUACUGUAUGGUAUAGCUAACUUGUGUUGAUGCUGCCGUGAAGGUUCACGUGAGUUGCCGGCUGUUGACAAUCUGUCGAUGAUAUUCAUCUUGAUUGAGGGUGAAAAUGUGAUCAAUAGAGUAGAUGUUGAGAGCAUGAAAUAUUGGUGGUAUAAAUAAACCCAUCUUAUCUGUCAAGUCUCACAAGAAACUGAAGAUGUUUUUGAAAUUAUCUCAAGAAAAUUAACUGGUGUUGUGUAGUGGAUGAUUGUGAUAUCAUAAGUUAAAACAUGAGUUUUGACAACUUUUCUCAUCCCCACGAUUUAUACCGUACUAGUUGCAGAAAAUUAACCUCGGUGAGCGAGUGAGUCAAGCCAGUAGGGCAUCAGUACAGUAUACAUAAAUUCUCUCUCCUCUCCCCAUUUAUUUUAGCAGGAAAGGAAUUUAUCCUAAAAGAGAGUUGAGUAAAUUUGUGAUUAAUGAAAAAGAUCAGAUGGUGAACUUGACCCAUUAGUUGAUGGUGGAUGAGAACAUUUACUCCAGCAAGAGGACAUCUUGCCAUCGAUGGCUGCAAGUUAUUUUAAAAAAUGGUUGUAACAUUAUCUAGGAUGUGCACAGCAGCUCAGAGUGUUGGCAUGACCAGAGAUGUGUAUACUACUAGUGUUAACAUGACAUGAGAUGUGUACACUGCUAGUGUUGACAUGACUGGAGAUGUGUACACUACUAGUGUUGACAUGACCUGAGAUGUGUACACUACUAAUGUUGACAUGACCUGAGCUGUGUACACCACUUGACUUCCUAUGGCAUGGCCCAAGGAAACUAAAAUUGUAACUAAAUGUGAUGAUAAAAUUAAUAAGAUGGGAAGUAUUACACUCACAUACUGUACAGUACAUACAACUGCCAUUCAUUUCUUAUCACAGUUUUUCUUCAAAGACUUCUGUAUUAUUUUGUGUACACUUGAGGAAAGUCCAGUCACCAUAAACAACCAUUGUGUGAGGUUGACACUCAUUACAGUAGUUCCUUAAGGUACAUGAAAGUUAUUGAUUUGCUUAACAGACCAAAGUUAUGAUUUUUACAUUUGUACAGUCUACAUAAUGGUUCAUACGAAGUCUAUAGUACUGUACUAUAUCGCCACAAUAUACUGAAGGUUAUCACAGCAACAAUACAGUUAAGACAUAAUGCACAACUUACUCAAAAAAUGAAGCAAAUUAAUGCUGUUGAGUAGUGAACUAACUUCUACCCAAUUUAUAGUGUUUGUAACAACCAUCCAUCUGUCUGUCUAUUGCUCUAUUACAAUUAUUAGUGUAUAGUUUACUGUUGCAGGUUGUCAAGUGAGUCUCUGCUACAAUGGUAAAUUCACUGCCAGAUUUGUCCUAUUUUAACCCUUUGAGUACAAUGGCUAAGUCCUUGACUAUGAUGACAACUCCUUGAGCAAGAUGACUUAACCCCUUGAGUAUGAUGACAACCCUUGAAUAUGAUGACUUGAUCCCUUGAUCCUUUGAGUAUGAUGACUUGAUCCAUUGAGUAUAAUUACUUAAUCCCCAUGGAUAUGAUGACAAUCUCUAGAAUACAAUGACUCAACCCCUCGAGUAUGAUCACAACCCCUUGAAUGCAACAACCUCCCCCUUGAGUUUUAUGACAACGCCCAGAGUACGACAUCAUCUCACUCAAGGGAAUAAAAUAGGUCUUCACAUUCAAAGGCUUAAUAUAACGUAAUUCUCAGCCUUCGGUCAACUUGUAAGACAUUAACUUAUGGUUGUUAAGACACUUAAAAUGGGUUGAGAUUUGUUAAAACCGGUCAAUUACAAUUUACUAGAAGUGAUUUAUACUGCAAUACUUCAAUGUAAUUGUGAACAAAAUGUUAGGUGAACAUGGACCUCAAGUUGGCUCUAAUAAAGACUAUAUUAAAAAAGACAUGGGGAUAGGCUGAGGUAGUUGUGAAGGCUACAACUCCCGAUUUUAGCAGUUGUAGGUAUUAAUCUUGUAAAUAAUGUAUGUAAUAAUGUAAAACUAUAUACUAAAUAGAUAAAUAUAUAUAUAAAUAUAAAUAUAUACAAGUCAUAGUAGAUGAUGACUUCUACUGUACUGAAGAGUUGUGCUUGGCCUUUAAAUGUGGAUAUGUUAAAGGGAUGGUGACAUUAACCCCAACUAACUUGUAGAACUUGUUACCGAUCGAGUGCCAGGAUGAAAGAGGCACGGAUAGGUUAUUGGUGAAGGAGUCCUAGUAAGAGAUGAAGUUAAGUUUGUGAAGAAGUUGUGCGGACGUUGGGUGACAAUGGCUGGCAUUGUGACGAGAAAGUGAGUCCGUCGUUGGAUCGUAAGUCGUGUGUAUUGGCUCGGUGCAAGAGUUUGACCCCCUGGAAUGCGACAUGAAAAUGAACUCUUCCGUGGGUCGUACUUCGUGGUUUUUCAACCAAUUCUAAGGAGCAAGAAUCAAGUACCUUCCUCGGUGAAUGUGUAGUGCAAUUUAUUGAUCAACAAGGUAGGUAAAGAAUGGCUGUUGUUGGGUUGCACUUGUCAUCUGUUUCAACAUCAUAAUUUAAUAUUUAUAUUUAUUAUUGCAUAUUUCUCUAUGGCUGACAACACUAAUGGAAGUGGAAGGUUACUGAGGUCUAAAUUAAAUAUUUCUUUAUUACCGAAGUGUAUACAGUAUUGUAAUAUUUCUCUAUUGCCAAGGCCUAUAAUACCGUAAAAUAUUUCUCUAUUGGUGACCACUCAAGGAAGUGGAAAAAUUAGUGGUUUUUAUUAAAAUUGUGUCUUGAGGGAUAUUUUAAAAUGGUCUUAUUUACAUAAAGUAGAGCUUGUUAGCUAUGCCUAACUGAUACCCCACCUGGCUGUCAUUUAUACAGGGUUUCCAUAAAUUAACUCGCCCAUUGUAACUUAAAACAUCAAAAUUAUCCUAGAUAGAACGUGCCUUCCCCUCCCCAGUUCGUUUAGUGUGAUAAAACCAACGUGUUCUAUCUACAUUAUAAUUUUGAGGUUAUUUGUUAAUACAAAUGGCCAAAUAGUUUAUGGACAUUUGGUAGGGAUAAUUGUAAAUUGGUUUUUAUUUAAUAUCAUGUAUGUACUGUACUGAAUGCCCAACUCUUUAAGUGUUCACUGCAGGGGAUUUAUAUGAUGGCAUAUGUAAAUUAAGUUGUUAAUACAGCAUUAUUAAAUUAUUUUGAAGAAACAAUUGUAAUUUAUGUUUUUUCUUGAGUAUUAUUGAGUUGGGGAUGGUUGUGAUGUGAAGACCAUAAUAGAACACAUUAAGGUGAACACCACAGCAGAACGUGUCACGGCAGUAAAAGAAUAACAACAGAAUUUGGACACCAUUCAAGAUAGAUAGGUAAGGUAGGAUGACCAACAUAGUUUCCAAGCCUGAGUCAAACCUUCCACUUCCUUGGGUGGUGUCAGCACUGUGAUGUUUAAUGAAAAUUUAUUGAUAGGUGAAAUAGAGAGAAUGCAAUUGUCUCAUGGCAUAAGUAGUGUGUGGAUCCAUGUGGGAAACAAGAUUUUUGAACAUUUGAUAAUGAAGUUUAGUGUAGGAAAUGUAAAAGUUACCUCAAAUAUGACAUGAUGCAGCAGUGUACAGAAGAAGAAGAACGGUGCAUGUUUCUCGACUUCAAAUAACCGUUUUUAAGUGAAGAUAAAAGGUAUAGUGUGCAUGCAUUUGCACCACCAUCUUCUGCCCCAGUUAGAUGCCGAGUGAUUUCAGGUUGCUUCAUCAUGUACUACACACAAGCACCCGUUUUAUUAUGCCAACACAUUUCUAUUUCCUUAACAGAUUAUAAAAUGGUAACACUGGGAUUGCAUAUUUUGCAGCUUAACUAGUGAUACAUGUACAGUAAUUUGGAUAUUUUCAUAAAACUAAGAAACCUGCCUUGCAACUCAGAAUGGAACUCAAGUUACAAGAAUUUGGAAACAGGUAUAGUACAAACAUUUAAGUGUAACCCCCAGUCUUUCAUCUUCAAGGAUUCCUUAUGGUUUAUCAAAAAGGUGCCAGGAGUAACAGUUAUUCAGAGAGAGGGGCUCUUCUCCUUUACCUUAUUUUCCUCUGUUCAAUAUUAAGAAAAAAACGCGUGUAUCCCACAAUUCACGGAACUCGCAUUUUUGGUGCACUUAAAAUUGCAUCAUUAUUAUCCCUCAAGUUAUUUAAUGCAAUUACAAUACAAUCUUAAGCACACACUACUAGUACUAUAACAGUCUUGAAGGUCAUUUGCUGUCUUCUCAUGGUUAGAUUAUUUUUGUAGGUAUACAUUUUGUAAUGUACCUUUUCAUGGAUGCUCUAGUCCAUUAUUUUGUCAAUAUUUUGAAAUAAGACACGUGCAGUUCUCAAAGGCUCUAACCCAAGUACUGUAUCGCUGUGUUUAAUAUUGUUUAUUAUGAGAAUUAUAAUUUGAGCCCCUGUUAAUAUCGAGUUUCUUAUUAAUGAGGUACUGAUAAAUAAUUUGUAUUGCUUAAAUCAAGAGCAUGAGUGUUUGCUCAUGUACAUAGCUGUGUGUCUUUUUUUGUGUGUACAUUAAACUUUUUGUUUUUGUGCUGUGUGACAGAAUGAGGACAUUGAACUUAUGAGUGAAUGCCUCUAAUGGCUGUAUAUUUAAUGUCAAAUAUUAUAUAUGAUUUAUAGAGUACAAUCUUUCUUAAGUAGAUCACUAAUGUGUCCAAAUGCUGGUGACUCCCACAGUGUAAUUUGACUUCAAAAUAAAAUGUUAUCAAAGAAGAA